UGGUUUUCUUUGAACAAUGAGCACACGGCGCCGCUCUCUCGGCAAAGGGGCAGCCGCUGCUGCGCUUCCUGCUGGAACAUCCAUUGCGCACUACUUUGUUCAGUCCUCCGCCACGACCAGCACAGCGCGACCAGCUGCCGCCGAGCCGCAGAAUGACGAAGUGGCAACGCUGGGCUUCCCUCACGAAUCGCCGCGGAGAGGUGGAAAUCCUCUGCUGUCGUUCUCGGCGGGUCCCGUCAUCGACGCCGCUGGGAGCAAGACGUCCUUCCUUGCAUUGUCGAGCAAGUCACCCGCUGCACGCCGACAGGCAGCAGUCGAAUCAAGUGUGCAAAACAGCGUCGCAAUUGCUGCAUCUUCGGUAUUGCACGAUUCGUCGUUUUCCAAGCCUCAAACGAAGCGCCAACUGUUGCCCAUCAAUCCGAGCGUCGCUCCGCCUUCGGGUGCAGCUUUGGAAAGUAGCAGUGAUAGCAGGAGCACCAAGCACUUGCCGGAUCUGAUUGUGCUCGAUGCACCAACCCGUGAGCAGCAGGCAGCGGACGUUCGUUCAGUGCUCGCAGCGGCGGCUCCAGCACCGAAUCUGGUUGUGGCAAACGCUCCUUCCGAACGGUCUCCGCUGUUUGUGACAGCGCAACAGCAGUUGAGAGAUCGCGCCCUAUUGGCUCUAGACCAACCAGAGUCCUUGAGCACCCGCGCCGAAUCACUGGAGGUAUUCAAGCCCAAAAUCCAGCCUCGCCUCUUGCAGCGUGCCAGGAGCACGCGAGACCUCCCGUUCUCCAAACGCAGGCGAAUCGACGCGACUGGAGGAAGUGGCAUGGAUCUGGAUGACGACGACGACGACGAGGAUGGUAACGGAGUCGUGGAGUGGCAGAGCUCUUUUGCGACGGCACCUCGAGUCGGAGGAGUCUACACAGCCUCGGCUUUGGAGCGACUCUCCACCGUUACCUCUUUUGCGAGUGGCGAUUGCCAACCAACGUCUGCCGCCGACCUGACUGUUCGACCGUCAAAGGAGCGGGAGCGGCGCACGACCCCGGUCAAGCAAUCUCGCCAAGCAAUCCAACAGCAGCCAGCCGCAUGUCCAGCAACGCCAAAUGCCAGUCGGGCAUCCAAAUCGUCGUCUUCACCCAUGUCGCCACGGACGCCAGCUCAGCGAUCCUCGUCCAGGCUACAAACGGACACGUCGCUCCCCGCCGUCCGUUCGAGCGAAUUGGAAACCAUGAUGUCCCUGCUUCACGGUGCCUCUUCGUCCCUGUCUACAUCUGCUAUUCAUGGAUUGUCACCCCCUGCCAUUCGCGGCGGCAGUCUCGACACGCCACGCUCGACAAGAAUCAACAAAAUGCCAGAUCUUACCGAGUCGCCCUCUGCAUUUUCCUUCUCGGCGUCGCUGCCCGACAGCUGUUCCGAGGAAGGAUCGCUAUUGCAGCUUUGGUCUGCACCACUUCUUCCUUCAGCCGAGCCUGCGGAUGGCGCCUCGUCCGCGAGACCACCAGCCACGACAGCCGCAGCAGUGGUUUCUCCUCGCGCCAACAGGACUCCUCGCCGAGCGGCUUCCCUUGCGGCAGCUGCGGCCUUAGUUCCGAGUCCAUCACUGCGCCGGGCUCGUACAUCAACCGGCAUCAAGUCGUCAUCUCGAGCUCGUGCUGUGCUUCCGGUCAAUUCCGACUUGGUCAUGAGCGUCAAGCAGUUAAUACAGUCAUCGCAGCAGCAGCACACAUCGGGAGGAUCGCGCGCGACUUUGGUAGUGAUCCCCGCAUCAUCAUCGUCGUCCGUGGUGGAAACUCCUCAGCCCAGCCUUUCCGAAGCGAGCUCUGCCAUGCUGAUGGAUUCCGGCUGCGACUUUGAGUUUUCGCAGCAGCAGCUCGCCGAGCUCGAAACGGACGACAUGCUUUCUGAUGACAGCACCAGUCCAAACGCCGCCGACAAUCAGGCGUUUGGCGAUGAAGAGAAUGACGACGGGUUCCAGCUGACGCCGGAACUGGCCUUGGCAAUCGACCAGGUGGAAAUUAUGUCGCAAUCGAUGCCUCCACGAGCGGCAGCUGCUGUGUAUCUUCCCGUAAAAUCCGCGAGCUCAACGGGUGUGUUUGCUUCUUCAGCUGCGCCCGCGGCGACCGCGCACAAGCCGCCGACAUCUGCUUUCGCUCACGCGCGCAAUCCGAGUGCCUCAUCCACUUGCACAACCACGCGGACGGCCAGCAACGCACCGCAACGAGCAAGCACCCGUCCGCCGAGCUCACGAUCAACCAACGCGACUUCUAGCAGCUCGGCUUCCUCUGCGCUGCCCAGGCGCAUUUGUUCACAAGAAGAGAUCAACGCAAAGAAGGCACGGGCGUUCCAACGGCUUCGUGAGCGCGGGCUUUCCCAAACCUUGUCGCAAUAAAGCAGCGGACGGGUUGCAUGAAUCAGUCAUAUGAGUUGCGAGUUUAUGGCCACCAAAUACACACUGGU